AUGCGGGUGCCACUGGAGAUUUUACGCCACAUCCUUCAGGAUGCUGUUGAAAUUCUCUCAAUCACAGAUCUAUUUAGAGCAAGGCUGGUCAAUGUCCUUUUCGCCGACGAAAUUCUCGGUCUUGCUCUAGAGAAAUUCUGUAUCCGAACGUGGGACCGCGACUUUGAGGACCCAGAUAAGAAUGCAGAAACAUGCUGGAACAGCCUUCCAAUGGAGCUGAAACGCUCUUACAUCCAGAGAAGAAUAGACCAGCACCCAGAUCAGCCUUGUAUCCUGUCAUCUAAUGUACAUCGCAUGCUAGAGCUGGGAGCGGACAAGAUCUCUAACAAAGACCAAAGAGCGAUGCUGACUGAAAAACUCAUUGAUGGUAUCUUAAGUGGGACGUUUAGUCCUGACAUCAUGUUUUCCAUUGUACACUACAAAAAACGCGUCCAAGCCAAAGCUUCCCUUAGACCUGAGAAUGCAGUUUGCUUUAGUGGUGUCCAUCAUAUGCUCCAGCUUGCCCUCGCGAUCAGCGCUAUCAAGCGGAGCGAUUGCGCCGAGCUCCAAAGUCUUUUUGACCAGGGCCUUCAACCAGACCUGUGGACCGAGGAGCUGAUAUUACGUCCCUUGGAUGUCGCGGCGAGCGUUGGCGACCAAGCAAUCCACAAGGUCCUUAUCGCGAAUAAGUGUCCCAUGAGUAAUCCACGCGGCUUCUUUGAACCCUGGUCUAAUAUCUUGACUACAGCUGCACGGUGCGGCAACGUGGAGGCUGUAGAGGAGUGGACCAAAGUAAUACAAAGCACGAAUUAUAGCUACAGGGAUUGGAUGGGGCAUGUCAUACGCUUGAAUAAGUCGAGGGACAUAUGGCUGGCACUAAUAGAAACACAUCACAGUGCGGCAAGAGGAGGACACGUGGAGAUCCUGAAGCUAUUGGAUGCCAGAAUCAAGGAUAUAACUGCAGAGAAGCGUUUCCAUUCCUUUGUAGAGGCCAUCAAAUUCGGUCAAUGCCACACGGUAGAUUGGUUUCUUGACCAGGGUAGGAUUGACCUACAGAUGAGAACGACACACGAAAAGAAAGGGCCGAUGUCUGCCGCGUUAUUUGACACCAACUGGAGAAGGAGGCCACAAAUGGUCAGACUGUUGCUGGAACGUGGAGCUAAUCCGAACGAGGUCUUUUCACCUACAGGUAGAACGCUCUUGCAGAGGGCACUGGAGAAAGACGACUCGGAAACUGCGAGGUUGUUAGUGGAGCAUGGCGCUGAUGUGAGCUCCUCUGGGUAUGGGCCAACUUGUCGAAAAAAACCGCCUUUGUCUAUUGCCAUCAAGCGCAAGAAUGCCCCGAUGGUCCAGCUCCUACUAAGAAAAGGGGCUAAUCGAAUGUACGGAGGACUGUGCGAGAAGAAGAAUCACAAAGAACGAGAUAUAACCCAUAUUGAGAAAAACUUAAAGUCAAUGGGUUGGGAUGACAAGGAGGUAAGGGACAAAGCGCUUGAAUACUUUGCCCUGAACUUCGAGGGUAUACGAAACCCCAAUUGA